UUUCGUCUCUCCCCCCCCCCGCCUCUCGGCACUGAUUCCAGCCGUGAACCCUGUAGAGGUUGGACGGCCUGAAACAGGCCACGCCCCAUCGCCUCUUGAGUGGCUGGAUUCAAGUUCCACAGAUCUGGGGGUAGGCGCGGGGAAAGAUUGGCCCUGGGUCGGGACUCCACCCACGUGCCCGCUCGCCGCCCAAGUAGGAACACAUUCUGCACGUAGCAGACGUAUUAAUCAGAAAGGGGCCAUCUGCCGCCUUGGUAAAUAAAUGGAAAGGAGUUUGCCGGACCCAGCUUCCCAAAAGGGGGAGUGAUCACAAACCAGGGGUGUUCGCUUAAAACGCUGGUCUCCCGCAAAAAGGAGAGAAAAAGGCUCCAGGCACUUCCUUUUUGAGCUGCUGUCCGUAUGUACCAAGGUGUUUCUCUUAGGCAGCGAGUGGCGGUCAGGCCGGGGUAGGAGCGCACCCACCGUUCAUGUCGUUAUCAAGUCUCUGAGAGGAGUCCCGAAGCUUAUUUGCGACUGCACUGAAGACAGAGUUAUUACUUGGCAAAACUUCGGGACACACCAAACUCUUCUGUAAUAGUUUUGGUUCUUUUCGCCUUCCAGUAUCUACUGAUAUACAUUUUCUAAGAAAAAUCAAUGAAUUUAAAAUGCAAAGUGUAUGGUUAAUUCAGUUUGAUAGAAUUAUUAAUUCAUUUUCUUACAAUUAUUGGUAAUUUAUUGGUUAACUGAUUGGGCUGUGGACUUUAUAGAAGAAAGGUGGGAGUUACUAGCCUUGCUAAAAUGCCUUUGGGACAUAUCAUGAGAUUAGAUCUAGAGAAAAUAGCCCUGGACUAUAUUGUGCCCUGUUUGCACAACAUUGGCUUCUGCUACCUGGACAACUUUUUGGGCGAGUUAGUAGGGGACUGUGUCCUGGAACGAGUAAAGCAGAUGCAUUAUGAUGGAGAACUUCAGGAUGGUCAACUUGCUGGCCAGAGCAAUGGCAUCUCCAAACGACACUUGAGGGGAGACCAGAUAAAGUGGAUCACAGGCACUGAGGAAGAAUGCGAGGCCAUCAACUUUCUCUUGUCACUGACAGACAGGCUGGUGAUGUACUGUGGCAGUAGACUGGGCAAGUAUUAUGUGAAAGAAAGGUCCAAGGCUAUGGUCGCUUGCUACCCUGGGAAUGGAACUGGGUAUGUGCGUCAUGUAGACAACCCCAAUGGAGAUGGACGCUGCAUCACAUGCAUUUACUACUUGAAUAAGAAUUGGGAUUCAAAGCUUCAUGGUGGGAUUCUCCGAAUCUUCCCAGAAGGGAAGUCCUAUGUAGCAGAUGUGGAACCUAUCUUUGACAGACUACUUUUCUUCUGGUCAGAUCGAAGGAACCCGCAUGAAGUGCAGCCUUCCUAUGCAACAAGAUAUGCCAUGACUGUAUGGUAUUUUGAUGCUGAAGAAAGAGCAGAAGCCAAAAAGAAAUUCAGGAAUUUAGUUGAUGCAGGGAAGACAGAAGCAGUUCUCAAUUAAGACUGAACAGUGAUUUCCCAGAGAAAUUUUUUUGUAGUGAUAUUUUUGGGACUCUUCACAAGCAAUAAGAUCCAAAGAUGACAUGGUCUGUUUCUGGUGAUUACUGGACACUCUUCUUACCUGCAGAUAUGCACUAUUUUGAGCACUGUUUAGAGUUUGCAUAUUAUACUUAUGGUACUCAUGGCAACUUCAUAAUCAUACCUGUCCGGCAUAAAAACACCCAUGUUUUCAACUUGGCUUUCGCAGAAGAACACUACUAGAAAUUUUAGAAAGUGAAGAUGAUCACCAAGCCAUCCUGCAAAUGUUGACCAACGGGCCUUUAGCCUUACUGAUAUUAAAAGAUACUUGACAUUCAAAAUAGUUGGGGAAACCUGACUCUUAUAUUUGCACUUUAUUUAAAUAUUCUGGUUCAACGGGAAGGAGCUUUGUAAAAGAACUUCAAUGGCAGACUGCAGAUGGCAAUCAGGAAUGGAAAAUAUUGAACUGUGUAUUUGCCAAGCACCGAUUUUGUAAUGUUCAUCAUGGGGCCUUUGAUGGGUUGCCUGGUCACUUUGCUUUGCAAACUAUUGGCUUAACUGUCUUAUAUCAUUAAUUUCUUAAAAGGAUAAGCCUUCCACUUGCCAUAAAACUGCCUGGAUUUGAUCCACAUUGCUGAAGUCAAGCAGCAGCGGUUCCAUUGCUUGGCUUUUCAGAGCCCCAGGAUAGGGGCAGAGGCAGUUGUGCAGCUGUCUACUAUUUUGUAAAAAACACCCUUUUUUCUAAAAUCAGAUGGGUCUGGGUAUCCUUUUAACAGAAAACCCUUUGUUUCAUAGGGCAACUAGUUCCUCCAGUUCCCAUCCAAAUUUUUAAACUUUCUGAAACAUUGGUGACAAACUAAAUGUGUUUAAUGCCAAGAAAUCCUUUUUUAAAAACUGAUCUUCCACCAGCCACGCAUUGAAUGACAGAAGUGGAACUCUGAAAAUCCAGCUUCAUAUUUGUCAGACUGGCAAAGGCAUGGUGGGUGACUUAGCCAAUUAAAUAAUAUGGGAUGCAAAUCAAGCUGUGAUUAAAUUUCUCAUCAGCAUUAAUGGGGCUAGGGAUUGUACCAUUGGAUCUUAAACCUAAUCUCAAUUGUUUUUGAAUUUAUGAGAACAAUUCUUUGAUUGGGACAGCAAAAAGGGUUUUCAGAUGGGAUAUGCCAGUUGAUAUUCCUACACAGAAUUAUAAAGCAUCACCCAUCAGGCAGAUGCACUGUGAAAAUGUAUUGAAAUAGGGCUCUUAGCUUCCAUGCUAUCAAGUUGCAUUCACACUGCAGGGCAGAUGUUUGUGUACUUUUUUUGUGUGUGUGUACUGUCAGAGCAAAAAAUAGCCUUGUUCCCAACAGCUUUUUUCCUUGUCUCCUGUAUUUGAGCCACAUGUGUACACAGAUAGGAUUAGUAGUGACUGAGCACUGAUUUUUCCAUUCUAGAGCAGACAUGAAGAAUUUGUGACCUACUCAACUGAACUCAGUCCGAUCAUGCAUUGUGGUCUACAAGCUACUUGCCUAGUUCUCAGCUGUGGCAGGAAAGCCACAAAACCAGGAGGUUCAUUGAAUCCCUCAUGGGCCACUUUCUCUGGCUGAUUUGAUUGAGUUCAGUUUGUGAUCUUGUUAUGCAAUCCUCCUGAACUAGAGUCACUAAAAAAAUCCCUUCGUUUUGUAACUUUUCUGUUCCUGGUGGUAAAAACUGGUUCAUGCUUAGCAACAAUAUCCUUAUUUCCAUCAGAAUAUGUAAUGUAAAUACUUGGUUUAUAAACACAUUCUCUUCAUUGAUAUCUACAGCAA